UCCGGAGGAAGCAGUGCGGGACCCGACCGGCGUCGGCCCGCCGCCUCCGCCUCUUCCGCGCUUCGAUCUGACCCUUCUGGUCCGGCCCGGCCCAGCCUGGCUCGUCCGGGCUCAGUGGCCGGCGGGCUCCGGCUCCCGAUGGAAAUCAUAUGACAGAAUUUUCGGGUGCCGUUUUCCUGACAGAUCUUCAAGAAUUUCAGAAGACAAACACUAAUGCAUUUGAGAAAGGGGUAAAGUUUGAGGACGAGAAGAAAAAGCAACUUUUUCUGAGCUGCAACUUGGUUGGAUGCAAAGAUGUCCGUGGACAUGAAUAGCCAGGGAUCUGACAGCAAUGAAGAGGAUUAUGAUCCAAAUUGUGAAGAGGAAGAGGAAGAAGAGGAAGAUGAGGAUCCCGGGGACAUAGAGGACUAUUAUGUGGGAGUAGCCAGUGAUGUGGAGCAACAGGGAGCUGAUGCCUUUGAUCCAGAGGAGUACCAGUUUUCUUGCUUGACUUACAAGGAGUCAGAGGGUGCCCUCAACGAGCAUAUGACCAGCUUAGCUUCUGUGCUAAAGGUAUCCCAUUCAGUUGCUAAACUCAUAUUAGUUAAUUUCCACUGGCAAGUUGCGGAAAUACUGGACAGAUACAAGUCCAAUUCUGCUCAGCUGCUCGUUGAGGCUCGCGUUCAGCCUAAUCCAUCAAAACAUGUCCCUGCAGCCCAUCCCCCUCACCACUGCGCAGUGUGUAUGCAGUUUGUGCGGAAGGAAAACCUACUCUCUCUGGCUUGUCAGCACCAGUUUUGCCGCAGCUGCUGGGAACAGCACUGUUCAGUACUUGUCAAGGACGGCGUGGGCGUGGGGGUCUCUUGUAUGGCUCAGGAUUGUCCACUCCGAACACCAGAGGACUUUGUGUUUCCAUUGCUGCCUAAUGAAGAACUAAGAGAUAAAUACAGACGCUACCUCUUCAGGGACUAUGUGGAGAGUCAUUACCAGCUUCAGUUAUGCCCUGGUGCAGACUGCCCCAUGGUCAUCCGUGUACAGGAGCCCAGAGCUCGCCGAGUACAGUGCAAUCGAUGCAACGAGGUCUUUUGUUUCAAGUGUCGUCAGAUGUAUCACGCCCCCACAGACUGCGCCACAAUCCGGAAAUGGCUCACGAAGUGUGCAGACGACUCUGAAACGGCCAACUACAUUAGUGCUCACACUAAAGAUUGUCCCAAGUGUAACAUCUGCAUUGAGAAGAACGGAGGCUGCAAUCACAUGCAAUGCUCCAAGUGUAAACACGACUUCUGCUGGAUGUGUCUAGGAGAUUGGAAGACCCAUGGCAGUGAAUACUACGAGUGCAGUCGGUACAAGGAGAAUCCUGACAUCGUCAACCAGAGCCAGCAGGCUCAGGCCAGGGAGGCCCUCAAGAAAUAUUUGUUCUACUUUGAGAGAUGGGAAAACCACAACAAAAGUUUGCAGCUGGAGGCACAGACAUAUCAGAGAAUUCAUGAGAAGAUUCAGGAGAGGGUCAUGAACAACUUGGGGACAUGGAUUGACUGGCAGUACCUACAGAAUGCUGCCAAGCUCUUAGCCAAGUGUCGCUAUACCUUGCAAUAUACAUACCCGUACGCAUACUACAUGGAAUCUGGGCCCAGGAAGAAACUGUUUGAAUACCAGCAGGCUCAACUGGAGGCUGAGAUAGAAAAUUUGUCCUGGAAAGUGGAACGUGCAGACAGCUAUGACAGAGGGGACUUGGAAAAUCAGAUGCACAUAGCAGAGCAGCGGAGGAGAACCCUGCUGAAGGAUUUUCAUGACACCUAGGUCAGGACGUGGACAUGCUGGGGUGAGGAAGAUGUAGCUGAGAGAUCUAGCUGCCACACCGCAUGCGGCUCUGACUUUCACAGCCCCAGGCCACAGCCAGGGCCUGCUCCUGAGAAACACUGGCAACACACCUCGUAGUUGAUUUCUGUUUUCUUCUCAUCUUUUUGCUUUUUGUUUCCACCAGGGUAGAAGCCAUAGUGAAUUGGUUUCUGUUCAGGAUUUUAAAUUCCCCUGGAUGGUUGUUGGGAGGGAGGGGCAGUUUUUUUCUGAAUGGCUUUUAAUAGUAUUAGAUCAUUACAACUUAUGUAAUUUUCAAAGGUUGUACCAUUAUACAAAAAA